GCCCCAGUUGGAACCAGCCAAUCCAGUGCCGGGAGAGCCCAGGACAGCCAGUGAAGGGGCGUGGCCUGAUGCUGUCACUCAGCGGUGAGGAAUGACACUCUGACGGGAGGGGGGGUACAGUGGAACCCAGGAGAAGGAAAGAGAAGAAACAGAUAAAACCGGGGCAGAGGGUAAAAAGGUGUCCCGUUCGUCUCCAAUUUUAGGGGCCUCAGCUGUCACCGCGGGCGCCAGAGGGGUGGGCUCCGGAAGAGCCAGCCCAGAGGGGAAGAGGGAGGACCCGCCAGGAGCGAAGCCCUGCAGGCAGGGAAGACAGAGGCGCAAAGAAAAGUGACUUGGGCGGUGCGCCGCCGCGGCGCUCCGGAGGCGACUGCAGACACCGAGGGGACCCUUGACAAUUCUCACCGGCCCUCCCCGCGGGGACAGACCCCGGCUGGCCCCCGAGGGCCACGGGAGAUGAGAUAACCUAGCCCCGCUGCGGGAAGAGUGUGUCUGGCGCUAGAUUCGGGGAGGGGAGGGGGUCCAGGGGAGGUGGGCCUGUUAGGUGGGGGUUAGGGUCGGCCGGGAUCUUGGGACCGAGGGGGGCGGGGGCUGCUGAGCUGCGCAGGAGCGGGCUGCAGGGGCCUGGCGCGCCCCUCACACUCGCGCUGCUGCGGUGGUCGCCCAGCGCUCUCUGUCAGGCUCGAAGCUGUCCCCGCGACCCAGCUGCCCGCCCGGCUGCCGGCUCCGAUCCGUGGCGCAGAUGGCUGUGCGCGGCGCCAGCACCUUGACGCCCUUCUCCAUCCAGGCGAUCCUCAAUAAGAAAGAGGAGCGCGGCGUGCUGGCUGCGCCCGAGGGGCGCCCUGCACCCGGGGGCACAGAAGUGGCGGUGGCCGCGGCGCCCGCCGUCUGCUGCUGGCGGCUCUUUGGGGAUACCGACGCGGGUGCACUGGGGGGCGCCGAGGACUCUCGGCUGGCGUCUCCCACCCGAACCAGAACAGCUGUGGGGCAGACCGCGGAAAGCCCCGGAGGUUGGGACUCGGAUUCAGCUCUGAGUGAGGAGAACGAGGGCCGGAGGCGCUGCGCGGACGUUCCGGGAGCCAGUGGAGCCGGCCGCACCAGGGUGACCCUGGGCCUGGACCAGCCGAUCUGCGAGAUGCAUGCCGCCAAGGACUUGGAGGAGGAAGCCCCGGUCCGCAGCGACAGCGAGAUGUCAGCCAGCGUCUCAGGCGACCACAGUCCAAGAGCUGAGGACGAUGGUGUCAGCCCCGGUGGUGCACGCGUGCCUGGCUUGUGCAGUGCACGGGGCAGCGGGGCUGGCGGCGGGCAGGCGGGCGGCCUGGAGGAGGAGGAAGAGCCUGCAGCCCCCAAGCCUCGAAAGAAGCGCUCUAGGGCAGCCUUCUCGCACGCCCAGGUCUUCGAGUUGGAACGCCGAUUUAACCAUCAGCGCUACCUGUCCGGACCGGAGCGCGCAGACCUAGCGGCUUCCCUGAAGCUCACCGAGACGCAGGUCAAAAUCUGGUUUCAGAAUCGUCGCUACAAGACCAAACGCAGGCAGAUGGCCGCAGACCUACUCGCCUCGGCGCCCGCCGCCAAGAAAGUGGCCGUAAAGGUGCUGGUGCGUGACGACCAAAGACAGUAUCUGCCGGGAGAGGUGUUGAGGCCCCCCUCUCUUCUGCCACUGCAGCCCUCUUACUACUACCCUUACUACUGCCUCCCGGGCUGGGCGCUGUCCACCUGCGCGGCCGCUGCUGGUACCCAGUGAACCGCUUGCGGCGAGGCAGC